GUGAAUUAUAAACACAAAUUUUUUUGUGCUUCUUUUCUAAAGCAGUUCGCAAGAAAAACCGAGAAAAGCAUGAAUCCUAUCAAAAUAAAUUGCGAUUUUUGCCUUAACGUUGAGAAAAAUGGACAGCCGAGGUCCAUCAACGAUGUGCCGUAUGCCGUACGCAACAUGAUUGAAAAAAUUUUUUGGUUUACGUCUGAGGAAUUUGUCAAUUUGAACAUUUGUCCCGGAUGCCAGAAUAAGCUGUUGGAUUUCUUUGAGUUUUACAGUAAAGCGGAGGGAAUCUACAAACAGAGGCUGAAAAAAGAUGGUGCUGAAGAAAACUCAACUCAUGCGAACGAUAAGGCUGCUGUUGAAGGAACUGAAGAUGAGAUUGAAAUAAAGCUCGAACCGCUCGAAUACGAUCAGUCUUCUGACGAGGAUGAUGCAAUAGAUGAACAAGCUAUCGAUGAAUCCCCAUCAGAUACGGAAUCAACCAUACCCAAAGCCACAAACGGUUUGACUGAAAGAAAUCCAAUGCUGAAAAAGAUUUCUGACGACGACAUACUUUCGUUCUGUAACUUGAACUGUCAUGUAUGUUCGUAUAAAUUCAGCAAAUUCGGAAGUAUGUUGCAACAUUGCAAGAAUAUUCACAAUCAACAAGGAUACGCGGUCUGUUGUCGGCAGCGAUUCGAAAAGCUGCGCCAACUGCGGAUUCAUAUUCUGUUGCACAUUAAUCCAGACGCGCUCAAGUGUUCUGAAUGCAAUAAACAUUUUACAUCAAACAUUUCUCUAAAAAAACACAUGUCCCAUGCACAUGUACCCGGGAAGCAGUUUCAAUGUGGCAUAUGUCAGGAAAUGCUUGGUACCCGCGGUCUUUUGCAGGCUCAUAAACGAACUCACAAAACCAAACAAGAGUUUCUUUGUAUACCAUGCGAUAAACAAUUUUCUACCGAUAAUUCUCUGAAGAUACACAAUAGAACUAUACACGAAAGAGGUAUCGGUCAUGUGUGCGAUAUUUGCUUAAAGGUAUUUAAAACUAAAGAAAAUUUGCAGAUUCAUUUAGUUGAGCAUGAAAACAAGGAGAGCAUUGUGUGUACUGUUUGUGGUGAGUCUAUGAAAAACCAAAUCACCUUGGAUAUGCAUAUGAAAAGACAUACCAAAUCUACGAUGGCGAUCAGCUGCCAUAUCUGUGGCCAACAAUCACAAACCACUGAAGCCAUGAGGGAGCACAUUCAAGAGGAACACAAAAUUAAGCGCCGCCAUCCGUGUACCGUGUGUAAAAGAACUUACAGGAAACAGCACUCUUUAAAGGAACACAUGGCUAUGCAUGCGGGUGAGGUGCUGUACAAGUGCGAUUUCUGCGACAAACGAUUUUAUAAAUCCGGAACUCUAAGUCUGCACCGCAAGAAUUAUCACGCCCGGGAAUGGGAGGAACUCCUACAAAAUAAGCCGAAAUCUUGUGGUCCUAUGGAGUGUGAAACUAAAAUGGAUGAAUCGUUCGGAGAAAUUUGAUUGCACCUUUGAGAUGCCGUAUUUUGAAUUCACUAAUUCAUAUACAUCAAGAUUUAUGAUUCAUUUUUUUAGAAUACACAUUUCACUUUCAAAUACCAUAAAAAUCAGUUUUAUCUCACACUUUUUUCUUAACUUGGUUAUUAAUGAGGUUUUUAGAAUAUUCUAUCAAUUUUGAGUUCAUUAAUCCACAUACUUCAAGAUUUAUGAUUCAUUUGUUUAGAUUACACAUUUUACUUUCACAUUUAAUAUUCAUAAUUCAAAUUACAUUACCAAAAGGAUCAGUUUUAUCCACACAUUAUUGAACUUGGUUGUCAAUGAGGUUUUAAGAAAACAGGCCAAAUGCGAUAUCUGUACUUAUUUAUGCGGAUGAUAUUCUAUUAAUCUGUGGAAGUAAGUUCAAAGCAAUCUGUCGGAAAAGAUUACAGCAUGGAAUCGAUCGAAUCGUCCCAUGGGCAGAGACAAAACAGAUUUGUAAUAAACGCCAAAAGAGGCAUUGUUGCGGAUAUAAGAGUCGACAUCGGUUGCUAGAAGCUGCUCGAAUUACUUGCUAACCAGAACGUUAACUAUUUGGGAGUGUAACUAACCGAAAAAGGAGAUGCCAAAAAUCGUAAAAAAAAUGUUGAAAAGAGAAAGCACAGCACUUAUCCGCUUUCCAAAAAUCAUUACUUGCCUUGAAUACCGAUAAACUUUAUAAAAAAUCGAUUUUUCAACGAUUACUUAUGAUCAAAUUGUUCCAGAACCAAGUUCGAAUGUUAGAGACGAAAAAUAAACAAGUCAGUCCAAGCUCGCUGAACUAUCGAGCUGAAAAGUUAAA